GCUAUACAACAGCCUCCUCAGCACAACUGUGGAACAGCUCUACCUAAAUAUGGGUGCAGUAUGUAUCAGCUAAUCUCAGGACUUAGAGAAACUUGCUAUCGCUUCACUACAGGUCCGUAACAGAGAGGAAGGAGAAGAUCCUGUUGAAGAAGAACCAGUUCAGAUGUCUCUGCGCAAAAUUCAGAAAGCACCCCGGCGGCAGAUAUUCUCGGUGACCCGGUAGAUGAUGGCGAGAAGGGGCCGGUCACUCUAAACAUGGCGUGGAGGGUAUGUUUACAAAGAUGGACUUUAGGAGGUUUACUUUCUCACACCUCACAAGGAAAGACAAAGGGGUUUACCAUCUACACACAACAGAGAUGUGGCUUCCGGAAGGCCCCAAGAAAGGCCGAGAGCAAGAAGGGAGAGAUGGAGAUGGAGGAAGCUGGAUCUAAGCAGACAGUCCCCAGCGAGGAGGCAGCCCAGAAGAAGGGAUAUUCCAUCCAAGUGGAGCCCCCCGCUGUCCACAUUACCCGCAGGUCCUUUGGCAAACUUCUGAAGCCUCUGGUAUUCACAGUAGGGUUCACAGGCUGCUCCUUCGGCACAGCAGCUAUCUGGCAAUACGAGUCUCUGAAGUCCCGUGUCCAGAGCUACUUUGAUGAGGUGCGAGCGGAUUGGAUGGAAAAACUGAGGCCACAGAAGCAGGGUGACGUCCGCAAAGAGGUGAACCAAUGGUGGAACAGUCUGAGUGAGGGUCAAAGGACAGUUACAGGGAUCAUUGGCUUGAAUGCUCUGGUCUUUUGCCUUUGGAGAGUUCCCUCCCUGCAGCGAGCUAUGAUGAAAUACUUCACCUCCAACCCUUCUUCCAAGGCGCUGUGCCUUCCAAUGAUCCUCUCCACCUUCAGCCACUUCUCCCUGUUUCACAUGGCGGCCAACAUGUACGUGCUGUGGAGCUUCUCCUCCAGCAUUGUGUCUAUGCUGGGCCCGGAGCAGUUCAUGGCCGUCUACCUGUCUGCAGGUGUUAUCUCCACAUUCGGCAGCUAUGUGGCUAAGACAGCCUCAGGACGCCUGGGCCCUUCGCUUGGCGCCUCAGGUGCCAUAAUGACCGUCCUGGCUGCAGUGUGUACAAAGAUGCCCGAGGCCAUGCUAGCUGUCAUCUUCCUGCCCAUGUUCACCUUCACUGCAGGCAGCGCCUUGAAAGCCAUUGUUGCCAUGGACGCAGCAGGCCUUGUUCUGGGAUGGAAGUUCUUUGACCACGCCGCCCACCUGGGCGGGGCCUUGUUCGGAAUCUGGUACGUCACGUACGGCCACGAGCUCAUCUGGAAGAACCGCGAGCCGCUGGUGAAGAUGUGGCACGAGCUGAGGACCAAGGGCCCCGGUGGGGGCGCGGCCGGGGGCGCGGGCGGGACCGGGACCUUCUAGGCCUCGCUCGCGGAGGGAGCAGGUGACGACAUAGGACUCCCGUGCGGAGACGGGCGUGCGGCGGCUGAACCGCACCCCGCGUGUGGACUGAAGGAGGAGAGGAUUCUGGGUGCGGGCUCCUCACCCAGGCCUGCCAUUGUAUAAACAGUUUUAUCCCUAUGUGUAAAUGCAGCUGUUUUUCAUUAAAGUAAUCUCUGAGAGACUUUUCACCCAGCAGAGGGGGUUUCUGCCUGUUUCUCUGCUGGAGGUGCUAGGUGACGCUUUGUGAUAAUUUAUGCCGAUGUUGUAUGUUUACUACUGCACAUUACAGCACACUGGUUUGUUCUAAAUUACAAGUUAAUUGAAGGUGAAAGUCACUGCAAUCAGAAAAUGACACAAAAAUAUCUUUUAUUUUAGGUAAAGAACUGUAAUGAUACAUAUCACAAUGGAUUUUACGCAGUUGAAAAAUAUCUACCAAACUCUAGUAGACUGACAUAAUGGUUACGACCAACCUAUUAAGUAAAAAGGCAGAGUCCUGAGAGCUGUCCCCAAAGACUAGCACGUGGUAACUUGCAGUGUUAUUUGCUUCAUGGUUGUCUCGAUUGUGUUCUAGCAUGGUCUAUCUUUGUUGUAACCUCCAGCGCAUCUCACCACAUAGGCUGCUAUCAGCAGGCCGUGAGCACCGGCCGUGGUAAAAGUGAAUUCGGGGCUGCUGGUUGGCUCAUCCUGUUAAGAAACUGUUAUAGUGCACGGUAUAGUGCACGGCCCCAGUGAUUUGCCAUUGAAUCUGGACAGUGCCAGUGCCAGCUGUGGCUGGCAGCCAAGGCCACACAGAGUUGCCACUCGUAUUUGCUCAGGGAUGGGCGCGGUUCACUCAUCUAGGAAUAUGGUGACUUGUUUUGCUCCGUCAACCGUCUCUGGAAAACGUGGUGUCCUCAUGUUCUCCUGUUGAACUCCAUAUGAGUGGUGUUCCUUCCACUCGUGUCUGCGAGCAGGACUUGCGAACUGCCCUGUGAUGAGAAGCGGCAGCUGACAUCACAUGCUUUGGAGGACAGCGCGUGCUUGUUUGCACGCUUCCAAAUGGACAGUGGAGGUUCCAAUAAGCAUUGCAGCUUGAAUGUGAUUGGGCCACUUUGAAUUUCCAAUUUGAAGGGAAAGGGGGAAUGCUUUAAUAAAUUAAAAGUUGAUUGAAUUACUUUUGGAAAUGUAAAGUUCAAUUUGUUAAUUGGAGUAAACCAAGUUGUACUGGCUAAGAAUGAACAUGCUUGUCCUGUAGGAGUGGACUGGGACUGUGAUAAAAUAAAUGACAACAUGUCAUACAGGGCAUUGAAGCCAAUAUUAAUAUAAUAUAUCUUGAGGUACAUUAGGCUGUUUUUUUUUUGGUUUUUUUUACAUCAGCGCACUGGCAGUUAUAGUCGAGUGUUGUGACCAUCAUAUGGUCUGUAGUGAUGCCCUGACCUUUCUGACCUACCACAACACACAAUGUCCUGUACUAUGAUCAUAAACUGUAUGUCAGUUUUUUUCUAUGCUAAUGUUUUCUAAACUACUAUGAUGCAUUCAUGCCGUUUUGGACUACUGUGAUUAUACAAGUUUACUUUUAGGGUUAUCUGCCAACAGGGGAGUGGCAGCAGUUGUUUGGAGAUCAUCACUGACCCUAAAUUUUUGUUUUCUGAUAGGGAUGCAAUUGCCUGAACAGGCAGACUAGCCAAAGACUGUUAGUCCCACACAGUGCAGUUUUCAUGUUUUUCACAUUGCAGACAGGACUGGAAUGUGUUCUCAUUCUGCAGCUGUUAUAACUCAAGGCCUGUCUGCACUGUUGGGAUUAAAGCAUGUCCGGUCCUCACUGAGUGAAUGAACAUCCAUAGGUUCCUGUCCUUAAGAGCCCUACAGUUGCACUUCAAACUCGACCUUCAGCAUUAAACACCUGAAUUGUCUGUCUUGGUUUUAUGAUAGUCUUGGCUGGGGAUUGGCCUUUCAAGUGCGUCCUUGGUUAGUGUUGGAGAGCUGUCAGCCAGACGAGUAUCAAAAUGUAUUUUUUUUAAAUGAAGCUAGAUUUCUUGUUAUUAAAAAAGUUUCAAUUGCCA